CCAACGCCAUAAAAUACCAUAAACAUACCUGCGCCCCAUUUACAAAUUACAAUUGUUUUGUUUUUGCAUACAGAAACUGGAAACCAACUAAGGGCGUGUGUCUUGCACGGUGUCGUUUCAUCUCUCUUCUCUUCUGCUUUGCUCUGUUUUCGUUUGUACAAUUAAAAUUAAAUAAAAUCAAAGCAUCUUCUCCUUCCUUCCUCCUUUUACUCUGUCUUUGCCUUCACCUACCCUCUUCUCCAUAAUUCCUUCUUCAAUCAUCUCCUCUUCCCCCCUUCUCUUUCUCUCUCUCGGAUCUCCAUCCUUCAGGUUAGGUUAUUGAAGGUACAAAUGGAUAGUUUCCUUGGAGGUUUUACAGAAGACUCUACAACCUUUAAUCAGGAUAUUCAAAGAUGUCCAUUCUUAAGGAAUAUUAAUGAGCCGACAAAUUUUUCAUUUUCCUCGUCCAUGGCUUUCCCAAUACCUGUACGUGGAGCUAAAGGGCCAAUUUUUGAAGAUGGUCCCAAUUUUGAUAUGGCAUUUAGGCUUUUUCAUGGACGAGAUGGAGUUGUUCCACUCUCUGGAAGAUCCAUGCAUCCAGGGAGUGUAGAACUCAAACCAGCCCCAUCACAGUUCAAUCCUUUAGCAGCGAAGGCAGCCACUAUUAGCCUCUCAUCCUUCGGACCUGGUGGCCCCUUCAGCUUUGGUUCAUUUUCAGAGAAGUGGAAAAAUCAGAAGAAGAAAUUCGAAUCAUCAAAGAAAGAGUCUUCUUCGCAGGGUGGAAAUUCACAGCAUGAAGCAGUGGGCAAUGAGUGGCUGCAAAUGGGUAACUGUCCAAUUGCAAAGUCAUACCGUGCUGUUAGCAGUGUUAUACCGCUUGUUGCAAAAGCUCUUCAGCCCCCACCAGGCAUGAAAUUUAGAUGCCCACCAGCAGUAGUUGCCGCAAGAGCAGCUUUAGCAAAGACUGCAUUUGCAAAGAAUCUCCGUCCCCAACCGUUGCCAGCAAAAGUCCUUGCAAUCGGUCUUCUUGGCAUGGCUGCAAAUGUACCACUAGGAAUAUGGAGAGAACAUACCGAAAAAUUCUCACCCUCUUGGUUUGCUGCCGUUCAUGCAGCUGUUCCAUUUAUAGCUAUGCUAAGGAAAUCUAUCUUAAUGCCUAAAUCAGCGAUGGCAUUUACCAUUGCAGCGUCAGUUUUAGGGCAGGUUAUCGGCUCAAGGGCAGAGCGACUCCGACUCAAGGCAGUGGCUUCAAAAAAACUAACCCUACAAGAUUCUCUCGCCGAAUCUACCCUUUUGCCGGUGGUUAACAUGAAGAAUGGUCAUUGUGGCGACAUAGAAAGCUGGAAUCCAGUUACCACUCUUCAAGUAGCAGGUCCAGCUUCACCAAAUAAGGUGCCGUGCUGAUCUCUUCUUCGUCAUUUAUCGAGUGUUUUGCUCUGUAUCCUAACGAGUGUAAUUCUUCGAUUAUACACCAGUUUGUUCAUUUGUUUGGAAGCGUUUCGACAAUUCAAAAUAUAAAACGAUGAAAUAAAAAGUCUAUCCGUGUGUGUGAAGUAA